AUGUCAUCGGCCCUGCCCGGAGUGGAGUGCGGAGCGGCGGGUUCUCAACUGGAGGAUGUGUUAAUUAGUCCCACAGCCCCACAGGGGACCUCAGAGGACCUCAGAGCCCCGCAGAGGACCUCAGAGGACCUCAGAGCCCUUCAGAGCCCCGCAGAGGACCUCAGAGGACCUCAGAGCCCUUCAGAGCCCCGCAGAGGACCUCAGAGGACCUCAGAGCCCUUCAGAGCCCCGCAGAGGACCUCAGAGGACCUCAAAGCCCCGCAGAUGACCUCAGAGGACCUCAAAGCACCGCAGAGGACCUCAGAGGACCUCAAAGCCCCUCAGAGGACCUCAGAGCCCCGCAGAGGACCGCAGAGCCCUUCAGAGCCCCUCAGAGCCCCGCAGAGGGCCGGUGCCGUGGCCUCCAGCCGGGGCACUCACUUUGGCACGACCCUCGGAAACAACAUGUUGAGGUGUAAUUCAUUCAGUGGAAGUGGAAACGUGGCGUCAGAGUCCAGCGCUGGGCUCCGUCUGAAAGUCACACAUUUGUGA